AUGUCACCUGCCGGUACUGCAAUCAUCAACUCUUUUGUUGGUCUCUAUCAAAUAUUCAUGGCACGUGAGGCGGUGUUGGUAGAAACAGCAUCCUUCAUUGAAAAUUCACUUGCGUCGGUCGUCUCAAAAUUCACACCUGCAGAUGACAGAGACGAUGUCACCAAGGGAAAGGUCGCCAUGGCCUUCAUCACCGCAGGCAUGAGUCUAGUCUCUGCUGGAAGCAUAACCUCAGUAUACUCAUCAUUCCAAGCUCUCAACAAACUUGGAGAUGCCGCGAAAGCAGUCAGAGAUUUCGUAACGGUUGGCACCAAUUUUGGCACUGCUGGUCUUGAAUUUGUUCAGAGCCGGCCUCCGCCAAAAACAAAUGACGAAUACAAGUCCCUAUUAAAAGAUAUCCUGGGAGCUUAUACAGACAGUCUGAAAAAUGCCAAUUCUUGGAUCCUUGGAAAUAUGACCCUGGGAGAUCCAAAAUCCAUCGACCUCCUCAUCCCUCUUUUCAAUACCGGUCUACUGCUCGAGUUCCUUUCAUCAGCGGAGAACAAAGACAAUGAAGGUGACAAGUACAAUAAAUUCAUGAAAAUCGCCACGGAUGCUGGCCAAAGCCUGCUUUGGGGUUCGAUGCUAAAGUCGGCUUGGUCAGUUUCGCCAAGAAACAUUCGACCAUUGAUAUUUUUUAUUGACGCCAAAGAACACAAAUGCGAUGGAUCCGUCCCAAAAUCCCUGGAGGCGUUCAUCCACCCCGAUACCGCAAAGAAGAGUGUGUGGUGUGACGCAAAUGGAAACUCGUGGUACUUCCUUCAUGGGCAUCGCAAGACCGGCAUGCCAAACAAUCCUGACUACAGCUACGUUCUCCAGCCUAUCGAUGGUGCCAAUGCCGAAGUACUCGACGGGAAAGAUGGAAAGAUGGGCGGGCUGAAAUAUUCUGAUAUUUUUAUCAGUGCAUUCACUGGGUUUAAGCAAAACGGAAACAUGAAUGGCUAUGUAAUGCAUUAUAAAUCUGGCCUCAUCGGCAAGGAAGAUAUGAGCAUUGAAGAUACAGGAGGCUUGCCCAUGAUAGGCGGACUGAGAACUCCUGGCUUCUUCGAUUAUCCGAUCUGUUUUGAUAUGAAGGAGGUCUUAGAAACCCUUCGGAAUGACAAAAGUGGGAAAGCGCCAUUAUGCGGCCCCAAGCCUAGAUAUCCAGAAACCAUUGGUGGUGGCUUCGAAGCCAACGGUUAUGCGCCGGGUAUUUGCAAGGUAUUCGUUAAACAAUGGGCGAAAGACAAAAAGUCCGACAAUAAGCUCGACGAAUACCAGACCGAGAUUAAGAUAUACGACGCCAAUGGCGAUGAAGCCGGCUCUGCAGCCAAAGACGCAGGCGACGACCCACGAGUGGUAGUGAACAGUCUACUACCCUACGACCUCAUCGUCAACACAUGGGGCAACGGAGAAAAGGGUGACAACCAAGCGAUGAUCGAGUUCUGGUACUCGGAUCAGUGGUGGCUGUCCAUCGACCAGGAGCACAAGUGCGACUUUGGCAAGUGGAAGGGCCGCGAGAGAUCUGGAAAUUGCUUCUUCAAUUGCCCGCGACCUGUCGAGGGUGAGGAUCCGCUGCCUUCUGCAAUCGCGAAUAAGGUUCCUGCUGAGCCGCUCGAGACGGCAAUUCCUGGAACUGUUACAUAUGCUCCAGGACCUUUACCAACACCAGCACCAGCACCCUCCUCAGAUGUGUUCAAGAAGGGAUGGUGCACCAUGCAUGUCAUUCAUCAUCAAAAGGUCGAUGGUCAUGAUUUCGAGAUUGAAGUUUUUCUUUUCGAUGCUGAAGAGAGGGUGGUCGGAUACACAGGACGGGCCUUUGCGCAGCCUUACAAACCUAUCCCAGUGAAGCCCGUUGUUGGCGAGACACCGUAUGCUACCGAUCUCGUCGUGUGGGUAGGUGACGUUGAUAAGGAUCCGAUCUCAUUCAAGUACAAGGAGAAGGUGUUCAACAGUGCGGAUGGGACGUGUAAAGAGGGGAAGUAUGAUCACAAUGAGAGGAGGAUGGACUGCGGGUUUACGUGCGAUUGAGCGCUCCUUUGUUGCAAAGAUACCACUGAUGAAGUUUUGGGAUAAUGCGUUUUUCACGCCCUUU